UUUCAACCCAGAAGAAGCAGUUGCCAGCGAGAGAGCAGCAUGAUGGGCGCGCAGCCGCCAUGUCUCCUAGAGAGAAAAAUUUAGCUCUCCUCUCUGCGUUAGGCAUAGUUAGUAUAGCCUUUUAUUUUAUUCCCUCUUUUAUUUACAUUGUUGGGACUGUUGUGUUUUGUGCCGGCGCGUGCCUCCUGUUUCGCGGAGCGCCGCUUCCCGCCAGAAUAGGCCUCAAUCCUCGGGGUGGAUUUAUCGCUCCAGCCGGCUACGUGCGCCGCUUUUGGGACUGGUGGGUGAGCGACGUGUCUGUGCUUUCGCGGAGGAAGACGAAGCUCGACGUCGGCAGACGUGAGCCACGCGAGGCGUCUGUUGGAGCUUUCAGACAAAGGCCGUCCGACGCUGCUAUCUAUCGAGAAGGACCCAUAGCUAGCGACACGUUUCUUUUUAGCCCCGGUGACUUUCUCAUGGGAAGCUACAUUGGCAAACCAGAAAGUCCCACCAGCGACUUUGGUAGGCCCACAGUGGUCCGGAACCCCAGAGAGCAACUGCGGGAGAAGUUAUCCAGACCCAACCAUGCUGUCUACACACCGAACCGGAGGCUGUCAUUUGCCGGGGAGCCAUCGGCCACGGUGGGACACUUCACCAUCACCCCCCAGCGGCAUUACCCCCUUCAGCAGCCAGGCGCCACCUCUGUUGGGGUUCUACCUCCCAUCAGAUGGGAUGGCUUCAGAAAGAAGAGCAUCCUGACUCCUCGGAAUUCACUGGCGCCUCACAGUCCCGUGACUGUGAAGAUAGCCAGACCCGACCACACCAGCUCUAGUUUAGAGCACCUGAGUUGCGCUGCUGUGCCCAAGGCCCCCGCAGACCCCUGCUCCAGAGAGAGCGUCCUUAAGGUGUUAAAGGAAAGGCGCAAACGAGAGAUUGACGAUGCAGACAGAAACUUUACCACUGAGCAGACAAGCAAGAGAAGGCGUAACGACAGCGGAGGAAGUGCUCAAUCUGCUUUUGAGCCCCUCUUGCCCAACGGGGCCCCAUCACAACUGGUCCCCAAGCCGGGAAGCCUAAAACGAGGUAUGAUCUCAGUGACAGAGGAGUCCACCUUCAAGAGGUCCCGCACCUCCUCCAUCAGCUCUGCGAGUGGUGUUCACUCUCCCAGAGGGAUGCUGGGUUCAAAGAGAAACCCCAUCCAAAGCUCCUACAGUUCUACACAGGGCCUGAUGCAGUUUAAGAAGCCAUCUGCGCCGAGCUCUCCUAUGUCCAGCCCGGGUUCUUCCCGCUCUCAGACACCAGACGGAACUGCCAAAAAACAGAGAGAGGAUGAUGGCCUUUCUCCCAGCUCGGCGUCCUCUGUGCGAUCAGAAAGGGCGGUGACAGAAAAAUCACUUGAUACAUCCAAACAGACUCCAAUCCCCAAGGUCACACUCACAACCUCAACAAUCUCUGGGAGCAGUGGGAAGAGAAAACGUAAGAUCCAGCUGGUAUCCAGCAAUCGGGAUGACCAAAUCUCACUGCCUCUUCCACCUGAGUUGGGUUACACUAUCACUGUGAAAGAUCUGGAUGAAGAGAAGAAGGCCACCAUCAACAAGAUCCAGAAGGUCCUGGAGACACCCAUUCCCGAACCAGAGAUGUCAGCCCCUCCGUCGGCCACUACUAUGCCCGCUUCGUCUACCAUCUUAACCCUCAAGACCACCACUGCCUCCAGCACCCUCACCUUGAGCAGCCUCCUGGCUGCCCCUCUGCCCAAAACCUCCAUCACCAUCAACCUGGAUCCCAACCCAGCCCCUGCGAUUUCUAAAACCCUCCUAGAGGCUCUGAAGAUGAAGAGUCCCGUGAGCUCCGCCUCCGCUGCCAGCACUACCACAGUGUCUGCAUUGAGCUCACAAUCAACACCCAUUGUCUUAAGCCCAAAGGCACUAACAGAUGCCCCGAAGCUGCCUCCCGUCUCUCAGUCCCAACCCCCUUCGACCAACGUGGACCAGCCCUCUGCCUUCACGCAGGUCCUGGGCCAGGUUUCCAAGCCCGCCAGCAGCAUUCCAUCGCUACCGGCGACCGGGGUGUUUGGAAUGUUGAACCAGAACGACAUUCCUGUCUCAUCCUCUGCUUCUAACCCCACCUCCAUCGCUACUGCGCCGGUCAGUGUCUCCAACCCUCUGCUGGCCUCGGGGUUCAAACCCAUCUUUGCCGUCGCUACCACCGCCUCCACGCCGUCAACCAUUGCAGCCGUGGAGAGUAAACCCCUUGUCCAAAACUUCAAGGCCAUUUUUGGAAGCAGCUCUACUGGAUCUGGGUUCUCCCUUCUUUCAGACAAAAACUCAGCCACAGCAUCCACAACGGUUUCUUGCACCGCCGGUGCCAGCUUUGCACCACCACCACCCUACGUGACCUCUACCGCGACAGUCUCUUUAAGUUCUUCGAUAUUCGGUGCCUCAACAAGCAGUGCCGUUACGCCGUCACUCUUCUCUGGAUUGACCUCCAUUGCAGCAGCCACCACUGGCUCCACUACCACCACCACCAGCAGCAGCACCGCAAAUCCCGCAGCUCAGUCAGCCGUAAAAUCCAUCUUUGGAAACUGGUCGGCACCACCCUCAACGAGCUCGAGUACCACCUCAACGCCAGCUCUUACAACAGGUUUUCAGUUUGGAGCCGUCGCCACUACAACCGCUGCGCCCCCGACUGCCAGCGCUACGACAGCCGCCGCCCCCACCACAACCUCCAAUAACGCUUUCACAUUCGGAGCCGCGCAGCAACCCCCUCAAGUCCCCAGCCAGAAUAUGUUUGCCUUUGGUCAGACCGCAGUCAGUCAGAACACAACCAAAGCUUCAUUUGGAGCUUUUGGAAUGGCCGCGCCCGCAUCCACCGCCGCCACCACUAACGCUGUCGCUCAGGCCCCAACCCAGUCCACCUUCACCUUUGGAAAGCCGUCGUUUCAAACCCUGGCCCCUCAGUCGACCUUCAGUUCCACAGCCACUGCCGCACCUAAGCCGUUUACCUUCGGAAGCAGUGUCGCGCCAGCUGGGCCCUCGUCCAACCCCGCCCCGGCACCUUUUAACUUUGGGGGAACUGCAGCCGCUGUGACUGCCUCCUCCAGUUUUGUGACGGCACCCAAACCGGCGUUCGGGGGCGGCUCGAACGUAUUUGCUUUCGGCAGCACCACGGCGCCCUCGGCGGCGCCGGGCUUUGGUCAAGCCACCCAGGCCCAGAGCACCCCAUCCUUCUCCUUUGGUGGCGCCGGUCCUCAGCAGACCCCCUCGGGCCCUGCACCACCAGCAUCCAGCGGGUUUAACUUUGGCGCCGUCAUUUCACAACCACAGUUCGGAACACCUGCUACUAACAAUCCCACACCGCAGAUGGGAGGCUUCACCUUUGGGGCUGCUGCCACAUCCACACCAUCUUUUGGCCAGAAUACUGCUGUGGCUGCUGGUCCGAUUCCUUUUGGAAGUCCAAAUACUCCGGUCCAGGGCUUCAACGCUGUUCCUUUUGGUUCACCAGCGACUCCUUCCUUCUCCAUCGGGGCGGGCUCAAAGCCAAGCGGGGCGCGGCAGAGACUACAAGCGCGGAGGCAGCACAACAGGAAGAAGUAACUUCGCAUCGCUUGAACUUUUGAGUCGCUGCUAAGGUUUCACCAAUCUCCCCACUCACGAACAAGACUGCCACCAAAGUACUUCGCUUGCGUUAUUUGCAAAGGAUGUUGAAAGCUGCCUGGACAACUUCCAAGUGUACGGGUGGAAACUAAGUACUUUUGUGAAAAUCACGUCAGCGUCAGUUUGGAGACCGCGAUUAGGCAAAGUCUUAAGGAGAACGGCAACAAAAUUUAUUUUUUUUACCCAGACUGAUUUGUAUGUUCGUCUCCCUUCUCGGAAAGCUCGAACGGAAGACGGCGAGGACACAAACGGAAGGAUACGCAGCAAUGCUGUGUAAAUAAACGUCAACCGGUUUGCAUUUUUUUAGAAUUAUUUUUUCAACUCUACUGCCUGCCUGUGUGUGUGCGACCACCAUGUCUGUACAUAAAGGACAAUUGAGUAAGUAGAAAGGUUUGAUUGCUUCCCCGUCGUGGUUGUUGACUGCAAACAUUCCUGAAAGUCCUCACAUGGAUGCAUUUUGAUGGACUGAUGAAAAGUCCAGUUGCUCUAUACACAGCCCGUGUGCACCUGUCCACACAAUGCGAAAAUCAGACAAAACCUCAAACCUUGAAUUAUUGCAUUUUAAAAUUGUUUCAUUCAAAAUUGACGUGUCCCCACAACAAUACCGAUAAACCAAAGGCGAUUGUUCAGCUUCAGUGACAAAAACAAUGAUUUUUUUUUUUUAACUUCCUUUGUGUCACACUACCUCUCAAUCGUCAUCCGCAACUGCUUGGAUGAUUUUUUUUUUUUAAUUCAUUUCAAGGCAAUCUCGACUAGUGUUUUAGAGAUCGAUCAGAAUAGUUUGUUGGCCAAGUAGUGCCACCAUUUGUCAAUUAGAGGUAUUUAUGACAUUUACAUGUGCAGCUCCCAGUGAUUGCUGAUUCAAUAAAAAUGGUUGGAAGGAUCUUCCAUUGUAAAAGUGCA